GAUUCGGGAAUGAACUAAAGUUGAUCGCGACGGAAAUGACUGGGAUACUGGUGAUCUUGUGUGGACUAGCGAUCCAAGGUGUUUUUGGGGAUGUGUUUGCUUCGAAGAGUAUUACCAGAGCAUUGGUACCUCCACGUCGGGAAAGUGAUUACAGGAGAGGAUAUCCUCCAACAACCCCUUUACCGGAAGUGAUAGUGAAUCGUGAUUUUGUUAGUACAACUGCGACUCCUCAAAGAGAUUCUCAAGGAUAUUUCUACGAUCCACCGAGUAAUGCAUACAUACCGCCGGAACAAUCGUUUGCCGACGAACCAGUUCCACCUACAAACCUUGCCGACGAGUAUCCAUCGAUCGACAACCAAUACCUGCCACCGAACGAGGAGCUACCCCCACUGGGACCACCGAUCUUCUCCGAUCCUCCCACAAAUGAGUACAUCCCACCUGCCCAACCACAACCUCCACAACGGGAUGAGAUCGUGAUCGUUACGACGGAAGCAGGCUACCAGUACAACCCACCAAGUUCUCCAGCUCCUCCGUUUGCCGACGAAGGAGUACCAAACAACAACAACGGGUACAACUACGAUCCUCCAGCAAACGGAUACCUUCCUCCUACCGGACGAGCCCUGCGGGACGAAGUCCCGACCGGCUCUCGAACUCCAAUCCGACUACAGCUGAACGAGCUGACAUGUCUCCCAAAUGUCGGAGGGUUCUUCCGAUCCACGAUCACCAUCCAAAGCCCGAUCGAUAGCUCACCCCUCGUUGACAUAGAAGACGAUAGCGAUCUUACCGGUUGUAACGUGCGCGUAGAGCAGACUCGAAUCACCGUCAACAUCGACGUCGCUGACUUUAGCAAGUGCGGCGUUCAGCAGUGUGGUCCCAGUGCUCGUGAACUCUGUCUAAGACUGCGCUUUCCUCAAAUCGGAGGGAUGCGAACGGUUACGGACGCCAUCUUGACGCUGCAGUGCAAGAUCCAGCAGCGGGUCGUGGCGCGGACGCACUCCGUCCGCGUAGGGAUCAGCAACGACGCUCAGGCAAGAAGUGCCAGCGACACAGGAACGUUCGCCUACGGUGGAUCCCAGCGGCCCUUUCGUUCCCAGCUAGGUCUCUUUCGGAGAGGCCAGGGCAAUGGGAACCGAUUCACGCGAUCGCUCGAACCCGGCGGUGCCGUCAUGCUCGGCGAAGAGCUCCUGUUGCGGACCCAAGUUCGCAGUGGAGAUGGCUGGAACUACACCCGGCUGUCGGAUGUGGCGAUGCUGCGGCUGUCGGCGAGCGGAACGGUGCUGAACUCGGCCACCUUGGUGACCACCAACGGGUGUCUGAAUCCGUCGAUGAAGGCCGUCUGUCCGGCGGCGCCGGUGCUGGAGACGCCGCUGAGCUACCGGUUGGGACUGCGGGCGGCCAUGUUCCAAGGGAUGCGCAGCGGAGACGAGAUGGUGCUGAGGGUGCGCGUAGUGGGGUGUGUGGAUCGGAGAGAGUGCACGGUGGACAAUUGCGCAACCGUUCGUUCGAAACGUGAUGUCUCCGACAAUUCCUCGCUAGAAACGACGACAUCGACGACCACGCCGCCAUCCCCGGAACACGAACUUCCCUCGGAAAUCACCUCGAUAUCGUUCCGAAUCAUGUUGCCAUCCGACGGUGACCUUCACCCGGUUGACUCGGCGCCCUCAUCAUCGCCGUCGGUUCUCACGCUCACCGCGGUGGCAAUUUCGCUGAUAGUGGUGACGGCCCUGCUCGUACUGCUGGCCUUCGGGAAACUGUAUCGAACCCGCAAGCAACACCCGACCUACGACGAGUAUCGAUCGGAUUAGAGAGAUCGGUGGAGGAUGCGAUGAAAAGGGUUU